UGCGGCUUGGUCCGGUGCCCGCCUUUUCCCCCCCCUUCAUCCUCCCCCUCCUCUUUCCCCGGCGCGACUUGUCAUCAUGGAGGCAGAGCCCGUGGGUCAGAAGCCCCCUCGGCGGAGACGGGGCCGGGCCAGUGCCGGGUCCCGCGCCAGCCGCUCGCCGCCGGCGGACAGCACCCCUGGUGUGGCGGCCUCGGCCGCCUCCUGCAGCCGGUACCCUCUCAGACGAGGCAGCUCUUUCACAUUUCUGACUCCAGGACCACACUGGGACUUCACCCUGAAGAGGAAGCGCCGAGAGAAAGAUGAUGACGUAGUCAGUCUUUGCAGCCUUGACUUCAAGGAGCCAAGCAAUAAGCGGGUUCGGCCUUUAGCACGGGUCACAUCCCUGGCGAACUUGAUCUCUCCUGUAAGAAAUGGUGCAGUUCGGCGCUUUGGGCAGACAAUACAGUCAUUUGCCCUUCGCAGUGACAGCAAGUCUCCUGGCUGUGCCCAGAAGUCAUGUAGCAGAUCCGCUGCUCCGACUCCUCCUAAAAGAAGAAACAGUGUGCUUUGGUCUGAGAUGUUAGAUGUCAACAUGAAAGAGUCCCUGAGCACCAAAGAAAUCAAGCGCCAGGAGGCAAUAUACGAAAUGUCCAGGGGAGAGCAGGACCUAAUAGAAGACCUGAAGCUUGCCAGAAAGGCCUACCAUGAUCCCAUGCUGAAACUCUCCAUCAUGUCUGAGGAGGAACUCACCCACAUAUUUGGGGACUUGGAUUCCUAUAUUCCUCUGCAUGAAGACUUGUUGGCAAGCUUAGGAGAAGCAACAAAACCAGAUGGAACAGUGGAGCAGAUUGGGCCCAUUCUUGUGAAGUGGUUACCACGACUCCACGCCUACAAAGGCUACUGUAGCAAUCAGCUGGCAGCCAAAGCACUUCUGGAUCAGAAGAAGCAGGACCGAAGAGUGCAGGAUUUCCUUCAGCGCUGCCUGGAGUCUCCUUUCAGCCGCAAGCUAGACCUCUGGAGCUUCUUGGACAUUCCUCGAAGUCGGCUGGUCAAGUACCCGCUGCUCCUGAAAGAGAUCCUGAGGCACACUCCCAAAGACCAUCCCGAUAUCCAGAUUCUGGAAGAAGCCAUAUCUAUAAUCCAAGGAGUCCUCUCUGAUAUCAACCUGAAGAAGGGGGAGUCAGAGUGCCAGUAUUACAUUGACAAGCUGGAGUACCUGGAUGAGAAGCAGAAGGACCCGAGGAUUGAAGGCAGCAAAGCUUUACUCUGCCAUGGGGAGCUGAAGAAUAAAAAUGGACAUAAACUCUACGUCUUCCUCUUCCAAGACAUCCUGGUUUUGACCCGGCCGGUCACUCGCAAUGAACGUCAGGCCUACCAAGUGUACAGGCAGCCGAUCCCUGUCCAGGAGCUGCUCCUCGAAGACCUGCAGGAUGGAGAUGUGAAAAUGGGAGGAUCCUUCCGAGGAGCUUUUGGCAAUUCCGAUAAAGCUAAAAAUAUCUUCCGAGUUCGGUUCCAAGAUCCCUCCCCGGGCCAGUCCCACACGCUGCAGGCCAACGAUGUCUUCCACAAGCAGCAAUGGGUUAAUUGCAUCCGAACAGCCAUCGCUCCCUUCCAGCGGACUGCUGCCGCCGCAGAGCUGAAGGAGCUGCCAGAGCUGAGCGAAGAAUCGGAGGAGAACAACCCCUCGGCACCCAACAUCCAAGCCCAGAAGAGGCAGUCUGGCAUAACUGAGAUGGAGCUUGACGAAAGCACAUCCGAGUGCGGCUCCAUCCUGGACUCGGAGGAAGCCAAGGGCCUGAAAACACACCGAACGUCGUCUGGGUGCAGAAAAACGCGGGAGAAGCAGCUGAGCGGCAAGCGGAAAGAAACACUAGUGUAAAGAGGAGCCCAGCAACAGCCUGGUGGAAGACUGUUUAUUUAUAAAUAACGUGUAUAUUUUUCUUGUAAUGUGAGCAUGGUUGGAUUCACUCUACUGAACAGAAUAUUUGUUGGUUGGUUGGUUGUUUUUUUUUUUUCCUGUUGUAAUGGCAGCUACUGGUAUACAGUAAACACUGUUGAACUGGAGUCUGUUUUUACAAACGUGGCCACUUCGAACCCGAUUUUAACGCUGUGAGUGGUUCGGAAGCCCUCAUGCUUUUCACUGCUCCUGGCAGAUUUGAAGAGCAAACUUUUGGUUUCUGAAAGAUUUCCACAUGCUGCGUUCGAGGCUGGGAAACAGUAAACCUAAAGCAGAAUUUGGGGCCGUCACCACAAGCCUGGCAGCACCUCCCUUUGCGGGGGCUUUGGAGCAGUGCUGCAAGAGUCCUUUCAAAGUGGACUCAAAACCUGAAUUCACGUUUUCUUCCUGUCUUGUACAGCACAUGUUUUGCAGUGUGUGGCUAUGAUAAUCCAUGCAACUUUUCAUGUUUUAAAAAAAAAAAAAAAACAGACCCCAGGUUCAACAGGUUCUCAAUUUACCUACUGGAAUCUUUCAUCUUAGCGUGUCCUUUGUACAUUCCUCAUUUUCACUCUUGUAACCUGCCAGAUAUUUAAUUUUUUUAUUAGUUGUGUUGUUCCAAGUUUGGGGUUUUCUUUGUUUUUCCUUUUUCUUUUUUUUUACUUUUGUAUUGUGUUGUUGUUCAGACUUGGCAUUUCCUUUCGAGUACUCGCUCCUCCUCGCUCCGAGGCCUGCGCCUACGUACCGUUUCUCACAUCACUCCAAUGUUCCGCGGAGCGCAAGAGUUACGAGCCGGUGGCUUGGAGGAGAUGCUCAACGUGACCCGUCACGAUGGGCAACGUCAAGAGAUGCUCAACAUGACCCGUCACGAUGGGCGACGUCAAGAGAUGCUCAACGUGACCCGUCACGAUGGGCAAUGUCAAGAGACACUCAACGUGACCCGUCACGAUGGGCAACGUCAAGAGAUGCUCAGUGUGACCUGUCACAAUGGGUGACGUCAAGAGACGCUCAACAUGACCCGUCACGAUGGGCAAUGUCAAGAGAUGCUCAACAUGACCCGUCACGAUGGACAACAUCAAGAGACGCUCAACAUGACCCGUCACGUUGGGCAGCGUCAAGAGACGCUCAACGUGACCCGUCACGAUGGGCAACGUCGAGGGCUUGUGUGCGCUCCAGACUACUGAAAGAGAACUGCAUUGCUAGCGGGGUUUAGGAAGGUUUUAGGCACGUCGUAAAGGGUUUGGGGAGGGAAGAGGAGCAACAGCUAGAGGGGAAUAGCAGGGAGUGAAGAUAGAUUUUCUUGUUUCUGUUGCCUUUUAGAAAUGAAAUGCCUUCCGCAGGGAGGCAGGACUGGAGGCAACCAAGGGGUUAUUGCAUGUGGUAGAAAGGUAGAGCAAAGAAAGCGUUUGAAGCCGAUGAGGUGUAAGGACAGAGGAGAUAGUGGUUGUAUAUACUCGCAACGGCGACACUGCCACGUUCUAGCAGUCCAAAGAUUCGGGUGAGAGAUGCCAGCGUGGUAACCGCGCUGCGAAGCGUUGUAGGAAACGAAAGCGGCGACGGCGUUGAGCACGGCCAACGGGUUGGUCCGGUCCUGUCAUCACCGGUGGAAGGCCGAGGCCAGCGCUCCCGUCCUCGAGCGGUGCCUCAACUCUCUGCUCGAGGAGCCGUAACUCGCAGGCAAAGAGUUCAUGCCUGUCACAGGUUUGGCCAGUAGCGUUGGAAGAGGGUGUACAUAGACACAAACGUGUGGUUCUCUGUAAAUGUAUUGUACAGUUCUGACUGCCAAGUACAAUUAAAUUCCUGACAGCCUCUUG